AUUUGAAGUUGAAGUCAAUACAGGAGUGAUGGUCACAAAUGUAUGCGAUCUUAUUGUAACGCCACUUACAACGUAAGAAUCAUGGCAACAAUGCCAAACACGGUGCUGGAUGAGCAUGCGCUCGAGGUGCAAAUGCUCAACUUGCGUUUCUGCAUUGCGUACUGGGAGAUGGCGGCGCUGUUGCCAUCGGAUGGCGGUGGGGACGGCGACGUGAGCUGGAAACGGCAGCUUUUUCGCGAGGAAUUGGCAGUUUUUCAUCAACUUGUGGUUAACCACGUCAGACAUGAAGAUGUCAUGGUACAUGCACGUUCGAGUCUCCGCUUGGCUUGGAUGGAUUGCAUCGGAGAUCAACAGAACGUUGCCAGUGAAAACUGGGCAAGAAUCGGACCGGAAGACGUCAAAGUCGGUGUUGUGAACGACCUGCAACUGGUGGCACCAGGCAUCUGGAUCGGCUCGACGGAAACACUGAGGUACUUGGAGCUCCUGGACGAGAGAGACAUCCAACAUUUAGUGUACUGCACCACGAGCAACAGGGAGACUCGGAUGACACGUGAACUCACCAGUGUCGUCCCAUCUCGUUCGUAUCAUGUCGUGGCGCUUUUGGAUUUGCCCAGACAGCAGUUCGAAGCCAUUUUGACAACUACUAAUGGUGCUGAGCAGCUGAAGACGUUAUCUUCUCCUUCCUGCAGUGAGAUGUCCCGCAUCGCCUCCACACUUAACGAUCUCAUCGGCACUCGACCACAAACAGAAGCACCUCAAGCACCUCGAAAUCCUGGAGAUGGAGGCUUGUUAUUGUAUUGCGACAGCGGGAUUUCCACCUCCAUUGGCGUGUGUGCCGCGUUGCUCAUGACUCGAUACAAACUGCCACUUGAUAUUGCCAUGCCGUUGGUUAAAGCUGCUCGCCGCGACAUUUUACUAUCCAAGCAUCUCCACUUUCAACUGGAGCAACUCGACAUUUUACAGUCAUGAAUAAAUUAUGUUAUGAUAUUAGCAAAAGAGAAGGCAACUAGACUUGACACCUGCCCGAGUCACACUAACUAACUUAAACCCCCUUCACAUCCACGUUG